CAUUGUCUCUAGUGACAUGGUUACCAGUACGAUUUAAUGCACAGAUUUAGCAGCAGUAACAGUCGCUCCUAACUACACAAAUUUACACUAAAUUCAAGCUUUUUUCCACGGCAAAAUGGACGUUUCAUUUGCAUUUCAUCAAGAUUGAAUUGGGAAUAAAGACGCAAGCCAAGACUCAGUCACUGUUGGAUUUUGGGAGAGCUGAUGUAAUUUCACACAACGAGAGCUGAAAACAAUAUUCUGCUUUUAUUGAUAGUCCCACAGACAAAAUGGAGUAUUACUUCUAUGUAAUUUUAAUCUUUGCCAUUGUGCUGAAGCUGACGGUCUACCUGUGUUGGUACCAGGUCAGGCGCAAUUCAGCAGCCCGUGAGGUGCGCAUCAUCAUGCCGGACGGUUCCACUAGGUGUGCUGUCAUAUCAGCUCAUGGAAGGGUGCACCAGUUGCAACGGUCUCAGAGAACGUCCGAAGAAAGACAGAAUUUGCCACAAGCUGAGUUGCUGUCCCCAUACGACAAUCAAGGAAUGGUGGAGUGUCCUGUCCAGCCGCGGUAUGGGGACAGUUUGAACCCACAAGGUCAAUUCACCGGACCGCCAGAGUACAGCAGUCAGGAGUGGAAGCUACCUAAGUAUGAAGAGGUGACAGGGAUGCCGCCUCCCUACACAUCGGAAGAGCCAGAAAUGGCCAGUGCAGUUCAACCUGUUGAGCCGGUGCUUUCCGAGCCAGUGCAGAUAUUGGGCCCUCCUCCAGCCUAUCCUGGUACAGCUUCCUUCCCUGUCUCCGCCCACACUGAGCAAACGACCAAUGAACUGCCUUCCUUUUCACCCCCUGUGGUGCCCAUGACAUCAGGAGUCUUUGCCAGUGACCUCACAACAUCCUCCAGUGGUAGUAACGCUACAAUAGUCCCAACGACCAUUCCUAGUACUGCAGGUCAGAGUUAGGUGUGUCCUGUGAAAAAAAACCUUUUUUGUCUUUCGGUAUUUUUUGGAUCAUAUUUUUUUUUUUUUAAUAUUGACGGGGUGCAUGAUAUUAUUUUUAACAAGGAAUGCAGUUUUCUUUUUUAUUCUCAAUUAAGAGUACAUAUUGACUCUUUGAGUACAAAUAAAUGGCUUUAAUUGGACGAAAUUAAAAUAGUUUGCUAUGAUGGUGAGCCGAUUUGGUAUAUAACAAAAAGUUUUAGCUAUUUUGGUUAAUUUUGUGGUGGGCUUGUUGAACAAAUUAUGCAACUUGCGAUGGUCACAAAGCAUUGUCUUGCAUUUUAGCUCAUAUUUUUUUUUUACCUUAGAACAAUGAGCAUUAUGCUUUCCUAAGAUCUCAUGUGGGAGCUGCAGCAUUGACAAUAAGAAUGGCACAACUUCUUAUUAUUGGCUCCGUGCAUGAACAGUAGAGGGCGCUUUGUGGCCAGUUUCGAGUGAUCUCUAGUGGGUAGGACACUGCAUAGGCUUACUGGUUCUCGUGCGUAAGCGGCAAAGUAAGCACAAGUUAUUUUACUCUGCAUCUGUGGCCUCUGCGUGUUAAAGCUUAAGGCGCAAGGUGCCAUGCACCGUGGACAGUGCAUUUGAAUGUCCCCCCUCAUCAACUCUCCCUUUGUAACCGUUAAGGGGUACUUGUACGCGGAGUCCAUAUGGCCUCAUUCUAUACGUUCUGCUAUGUAGAGGCUACCUGCAAGAGAGCAUGCUUUCACAACUAGCUUUUGAAGAGAGAAUCAAGGGGGCUUGCAAUACAGACCAUAUGUGUCUCUUGACAUCAUUCACAAGCUCUUUCUUAGCAAGGUGAUUUUAUAUAAAAGAAAGGGAGAAAUCAUAACCAAAAAAAAGGAAAUGGCAUUGAGCCUGUUGGAUGUGACCAAACAUUAAUGUGAAGGCAGCCAUGGAAGAGAUUUCCACAUUUCAUUAUCCCUAACUCCCUUGAGUGAUUUACUAAGAGCCUUGCUCUCUCCUGCAGAAUCCAACACCAUAUAGUAGCUCAACACCCAAAUUGUUGGACUCUGAUUAUGGUGGUAUGCCUAACCCCAUGUAAAGCAUAAUCAGUUUACUAGUGCAGAACUCACUCCAACUCCAACAGAAUCAAACAAAACAUGCAGGUGGAUUUUGAUGGGAUUGGGUAUGGUAAGGGUUAAAGAAAGUCUGCUUGUUGUGUCCAUAGGAUUACAAUGUAUGUUGAAAAUUUACAGAUUUGGAGAAAAUUGUUGGUUAUUUUCAAUAAUAACUGUUGAAUAAUCUUGCUGAUUCCAAUUUCUGUAACGGUUGUGCAAUUUUUGCAUUGAUGAUUUGACUAUUGAGAGGCUUACAGAAAAAGAAGGGAAAAACCCACAAAUUUUCAAAAAUAAAAAUGCCCUAGUCUUUUAUUUUUGAUUAAAUUUUUUUGAUGUUUUCCUCAAAAAUAAUGUACAUUUUUGGGGUCAAAAAAAGUCAAUCAAUGUGAUUUUUUUCUCACAUUGUUCGACUUUUAUUUUAGCAACAUUACCGUAUCUCUGUGCUGUAGUGCUAAUAGUCUUACAUUAUUUUUUUAAGUUCACAAAUUACAUACAUGUACACAGAAUGAUUUUCAUAAGACAUAUUUUUAUUACACUUAACAAUCAGCAUUGUAAAAAGCUCAAGGAAUUGCUGUUCCACUAAUUAAUGUUGUGUCCCCAGUAGAAGUACACGAAUGUUACAGUUAUGGCUGAAAGUCUUUGUAAAGUUAUAUGAAGCAUCCAUUGUGUUUUGGUUUGCAAGGAUAAGCUUGUGCAAAAUUGAGUUGCAUGUCAAAUUUUGAAACUUUUGAUAGUGGAUGUUAGUAUCAUGUUACAGUGGAUGUUUCUGUAGCCAUAAACAAGUUUCGGACACUGCUGAAGGCACAUAUGAUCAUUUUUUUCAUGCAUUUUGUUAAUUUCCAAUAAUAACACCUAAAGUCUAAAGAAGAAUGUUCAAAUCCUAACCUGUUGGAAUUUCAGCUCAGUGAAAAUUACACUUCUUUGAGAAAGUAGUGAAAAACCAUGCACCGCAUUUUUGAUCAUGAAACCCGAUUUUGUCAAUAGAAGUUUUUAUUUUCAACGAUCCGUCAAGGAAUUCACCUACAUUCCUUGAUUUCUUCUAAAUGACAGCAAGCCAGGCGAAACAAUUUCAUGGGUCGUUUAGUACCAGUACAAUCUCUAAUCCAAGUAAGCUUUUUGAUAAUAAUUCGCUAGGUUACUAUUGGGAUAAAUGCAAAUGAUCCUAUAUGCCUGUAAAGGCACUCCACUCGCCUCAUUUUUUUUCUACAAAACUCUUCAAAUUCUGCUUGCAUUUCAUGAGGAGCUUGAAAGGUAGUCAUGAAGUUUAGUUCAAAGUAUUACAUGUACUUUUUUUCCACAAUUUUAUGUAAAAAUGUAUGUAAAACUUGCUGACAAGUAUAAGUUGCAGCAAUUUAAAGACUUGGUGCCUACAUGGGAUAUAUACUCGGACAUACUGAGAAGUGAAUGACACUAAAGGCUGACUGUUCCUCAGUAAGCAAUUAUUGUACAUACGGUAAACGUUGCAUUUUAUGACCUCACAAUAUUACCAUUAGUGACAGAGUUUUGAGGUGCAUUUUAAGGACCCAGCUAACCAUAUUUUCAUGUACAUAAUGAGCCAUUUGUAUUAUUGUGAGUUGCCCAUGUCAUAUCUCUAACACAUAAUAACUGAAUCAUGAUCAACAGGAAGGCACAUGUACAUGUAGCUCAUAAUAUGAAUUGUAUACCUAUUACCUAACUCAACUUACUGAGGUACCGGUAGUUCUUAAGCCAAGCCAAUCAGGUUUUCACACUUUGGUUUGCCCAAGCACUGAAAAUAAUGAACAUUGAUAACUUCUCAAACAUUUCCAGAAAGGUUCUCUAGCAGCAAAUGGAUUCAAAAGAUUUAUAACAGAUUUCCAUGAUCAUGUUAUAAACUACGACAAAAAAGGCGAGGAAAAAAGCAGAGGUCAUUGAACUUGGGGAAAUGUGGUCAUGUGAUCUUAUGUGACUGUAAACUGCUGAAAAGAUAAGGACUGAAUUUAGUCAUACAUGUACAGUACAGUUCAUGUAUUCCUUUCACUUUGUAACACACAUGUACACACACAGUCGUGUUUUACAUUACUCUCGAGGACAAGGAUAUAUGUUUCCCUUUGUCCCUAUAAUAUAACACUCUCCCAUGGACUAUAGCACCUAACCCCAUGAUAGAGGACCGUUUUCAACAAAAGAUGAACUCUCCAGACAACAAAGAAUCUGUUGUUCUGGUUUUGUCUGUCUGUCUGUCCUCGGGAUGUAUGUAAUUCAUGCCCACCCAUGCAGAUGUGUAUGUGUCUUCCUGCUUCCUGGAGUAUUUAACUAGUCAAGUUCACAUAGGCUUAUCAAAAUAUAAAACCACCAAAGUAUGGUGUACAUGAUGUAACUGAUGUUUAAGCAUUCCAAAGUCAAGGGACAAGAAACUGGAAAGCCUACAUGAAUUAUACAACUGUGUCGCUCUUUUACAUGCAUCCAUACAUGUAUGAUAAGUAUAUUCUUUUACUUACAUAUAUUUGUAAUGUUUUUUUUUAACAUUAUAUACCUGGAUCUAUUUUUGCAAAAGAGCCUUGGUGUCCAAGGGCUUGUCUUGUUCUCUUGUCAUAGGUAUGAGAACACUUUGUACUUUCUUGGUAUUGAAAACACAUGUAAAAUAGAAAAACAAACAAAAAACUUGCCCUUAACUGGUGCAAACUGAUGUUGAAUCCAGUGUAAGACUUAACUGUUUUCCUGUUAGAAUUGUUUGACUUUUUUGUGUACUCGGAACUUAUUAAAGCAUCACUCUUUAUCUUAGAUCUGUUAGGUACCUGUAAUAUUGAUAAACUCAGUUCCUUUUCUUAAAUUUCAUGAAAAACUAAACAAUAUUUUAAGACGUUUUGACUAAAAACAUUUUCAAUGAUACUUAAGUGUCUUGUGUAUGCAUGUCCAACAUGUAGGUCUGUAAGUCAAGGCUUUUUUUGUUCGUUUUGAAAAAUUAUUUUAAUUUGUAACUGCAACUCAUUUAUCAUUUCCAUGUUUUUUUAUGUAUAGUUUUCUUGCUAAAGACUUUCAAUGCUUGCGAUAGUUAUGUGAUCUUUAUAAAUGGAUGUUAAUUUGAAGAUACUUUAUUCAGAUAUUUCUUUGUUUCCUGAAUUGUAAAUAUUAAAUAAAAGCGCAAAGGAUCGACAUAAACCCAAA